GUUUUCUACAGUCAUCUCCCAUUCCUACACCUGAGACGAAACGGUAAUGUUCCAUUUUCCAAAGAAGAACGCGAACAUUCCCGGUCCCAGCUUCUUUGUAUUGGAGCGUCAUUUGCGCAAUUAUAACUACGUGAUUUCAUAAACCAUUGGUUUCUUUUUUCCAAAUUCCAAAAAUAGACUUGGAGAGGUAUCUUUUGUGUGAGAAAAGUGAUCAUAGAAAGUGACAGCAAAUAUUUUUCACAGGAGGAGAUCACAGGACGAUUUUUAGGGAUUCCGUUCACAGAAAAAUGUCAACACUCAAUCCUGGUCUCACAUUUCCUGGAGGAAUGAGUUCUUGGUUCCGAGGGCACUUUCAGGAAUGAGAAAAGCUAUUUUUAGGAAAAAAACUGUCACUCAGGAACUCGAAGAAAAAAAACACUUUCUCCUGAAAUGUCACUCUUAAAAUGAUGGAUUUUAUCCAUACAGAAUAAGAGCCUCUGUCGCAAGGGCAAUAACUUCAUAAAAAGAACACUUUACGGCAAGGGAUUUUGUGCGGGGAUCGAAUUCUUUAUCCGUAUCAAUAAAGAACAACAAAUCUUUUUGGGUGGAACUUUUUGUUUGAGGUUAAAUUGAUUUGCCAAGACUUUAAUUUUCGUAAGUUAUACAAUAUUUUCAAAGGAACUAAUCAUGUACUUUUUAUCUUAAGCUUGAACCGAAGCCAACAAUCAUUUUUAUUUUAUUCACAUCAAAUCGAAACUUUACUUAAUCCUGACAUCUCAAUUUGGUAAUUUAUAAUUUGAUUUCGAAUUAUUGUGAAGUGAAAUAAUAGCAUUUCCUAUGAAAAAGUGUCUUUUUUAAAGUAAUAAAAAAAACCUUUAUCAAAAAUAAAUUUGGUUCGAGAAUGCUAUGCUGUUCUGAAUAUUUCUGUGAACAAAAAUGGUGGUUUCAAGAAAACAUUCUGAAUGCAACACAACUAAUUUGAAAAAAUCCAAGUAGGGAAUACGUCUUAUUAUUUUUCUUAUUGGAAUGAAACCAUAAAACUGAACUGAGAAGAUAAUUGAACGAAUUGUGUUUAAAGAGCUGCAAAAUUUAAUUAAAUCUAAUGAACCAAUCCAAGUUCUGUACAUUAUAAUAUUGAAAGAAAUCAAUUUAAUUUUUUCCGCUUACAAAAGAAAACGAACGUAAACGAAAACUCUAUUAUCAGUGAAUGUAAUAAUUUCCUUAGAAAAAACCAGAAGAAAAGUUUUUUUUCUGUGAUUGAAGAUUAUUUUCUGGAACUACAACUUGACCAAAUAUAAUCAGAUAAGAUGCCACUAAAAAUAAUAUUACAUUAGGAAGAUUUUUUUAGUCACAAUAAAAUCUUGGAAUUCAAUUGAAGAAAGGUUUUUUUUUCUUCCUAUUUUAAAGUUUAAGAAGCUCCAUACGGCAAUCUUAAUAAACAAAAGUGAUAUUGAUUUCUGAUUGUGUCUACAAGAACACAAAAGCAAAUCCCAAUAAAGUGAAGCAACACGGAACAAAGAAACGAUGUUUCGAACAUAUAAAAAAGCAAAAGAGAAAAGGACCUUGACGUAAUAGCUACGUCAUUUCUUAGAGGAUGACUUAUUCUCCAAUCGGUUUCAACGAAAGCACCACGGCUAUGACGUAUUUGUCAAGCCCUCCUUCGAUUGGUCCCAUAGGGAGAUUUAAUAGAUCAUUGUUAUAUGGAGGUAGAUUCCCGCCAGUGAGGCCUACAGUGUCUUUGGAUGCCCGACCAAUCGUCAUUCCUAUUUUGUCGUGUGUCAUAUGUUUUCCAAUAUUAGCCUUUGCAGUCAUUUGUGCUCUAAGGUACAGAGCCAUUAGAUUAAGACAAAGGGACCAACUCAAGCGUGUACAAUCUGGAUGCCGUUCCGUUACCCUAGAGAUACCAGCUAGAGACAAAUCCUCAUUUUAUUCCAAGGACUCAUCAUCAGAUCCAAGCCUCAAGGGACUCGGAGAAAUAUCACAAGCUAUUCCAGACAGUCCUCCACUGCUGUCAGCGCCCAGCACGUCAGGCAUUGCCAGCCGAAGAAGCUCCAAAAGUAGUCAACACGUCAAGUUCAUGACAACAACAGCUGUGUUCCACGGCCGGACGAUUACUGGAUUAAAUGGUCGAUUCAAAUCGACAGGCAAGUCUCAAAAGAUUUUCUGGGACGAACACUCGUCUCACAUAGAAAGCGCUCAAGAACUCGAAAGGGAAUUAAGUUUGACUCUCAACAGCUAGCAGAUGGAGAACUUAGGACUCUCUUCUAAAAGAAAAUCCAUCGAUAAAAGGGUUUGAGAAAACUGCAAUUUUCAAAGUCAAUUUUUAAAUCUGAUGAUUUGAUAACAUAGUUGCAAGUCGCAGAAUAACUUUUUAACUAGAUUUUUAUCGAAAGCAUGUCGGAAAAUAGUUAAGUACUUGAUAUGAAUUUCGAGUACUGAUCUAAUUUAUUCUGAAUAAAUUUCUAUUAGUAUCCAAUUGUAAAACCGUUCUAAUUUACAAGUUCUAUGAUGUAAACUUUGACUAUGGGAAUUCAAUUAAAUAAUUAUAUACAUU